AUGGACGCCCAGUCCGACAUCUCCCUGGUCGAUCUCGAAGCGCAACAGGCGUUCCUGAAGAAUGACACCGUGCACAGCUUCUCCUGGAAAGAGCUAAUUGUGACGGUCAAGGAUGGCCAGACCAAGAAGAUGCGAGAUCUCAUCUGCGAUAUCAACGGGCAUGUUGAGCGGGGGCUUACAGCAACAGGAGAACUAAUGGCCCUCAUGGGCCCGUCUGGCUGUGGAAAGACGACCCUCUUGAAUGUGCUCGCGCGCCGGAUUCCCGCCUCGCACGCCAGAGUUUCCGGGGCCACGCUCGUCGAUGGCAUGCACGUCGAUAACGAGUCGUUCAAGCUCAUCACUUCCUAUGUCGAGCAGGAAGAUGCCCUCAUCGGGUCUCUGACCGUGCAGGAAACGAUGCGGUUUGCUGCUGAGCUGUCGUUGCCUAGGUCCGUGUCAAGCUCUGAACGAGCACACCGCGUCCGCAUGCUUCUCGACGCCUUUGGCAUCCACGGCCAGGCCAACACUCUGGUUGGAACGCCCAUCCGGAAAGGAAUCAGCGGAGGCCAGAAACGCCGUCUCAGCGUUGCCAGCCAGCUCAUCACCUGCCCCAAGAUCCUCUUCCUGGACGAGCCCACCAGCGGGCUGGACUCGAAGGCCAGUUUCGAAGUGAUCUCAUAUGUAAAGAAGCUGGCGAAGAGGAACAAUCUUAUCGUCAUCGCCAGCAUCCACCAGCCAUCGACAACGACCUUCGAGCUGUUCGACAAGGUACUGCUUCUGUCCAGCGGACGGACCUGCUACUUUGGCCCGACGACGCAGGUCAGCGACUACUUUGGCCGGAUCGGCUAUCCGAUGCCGCAGUAUACGAACCCGGCCGAGUUCAUGCUCGACGUCGUCAGCGCCGACUUUGCCAGCUACAAGGAGGCGGCAGUGAGGCUAGUGCUCUGGACGCUCGGCUGGCUGGUCUGCCAAAAGAUCUUUCAAAGAAAGCUGUCGGCAGACGUUGCCCGUCCAGACCCUGGUCGGGUCAUCCUGUCCCUGUUGCAUCGGUCGCUUAUCAAAAGCAACCGUGAUAUCGUUGCCUAUGGUAUCCGGAUCGUCAUGUAUCUUGGUCUAACGUCUCCAGGACUGGCCAUCCUGAUGGGCACAGUGUGGUUGCGGCUGCACACCUCGCAGGAAUAUAUCCGACCUUUCAUCAACGCUAUUUUCUUCGGCUCGGCCUUCAUGUCGUUCAUGGCCGUCGCCUACGUCCCAGCGUACCUGGAAGACCGGGCGACGUUCAUCAAGGAGCGCGCGAAUGGCCUUUACGGACCGACUCCGUUCAUUCUGUCCAAUUUUCUGAUCGGAUUACCUUAUCUUUUCCUCAUCUCCAUCCUCUUCUCCAUCGUCGCCUACUGGCUCUCCAACUUCCGCUCCAGCGGCACCGCGUUUUUCAGCUGGGUGAUGUGGCUAUUCCUCGACCUGGUGGCGGCCGAAUCGUUCGUCGUCUUCGUCUCGUCCGUUUUCCCAAUUUCGUCAUCUCCCUCGCGCUCGUCGCCUUUGCGAACGGGCUGUGGAUGCAUACGUCUUCCAAGGCAUGAUGGUCAACGAAUUCUCCCCCGGGUGUUCUCCUGCGGUUCGGCGUGCCACUUCAUGUACCAGACCGAUCUGGCGUCCCAGUGCCAGAUCCGUGGCACAGGCGUCCUCGAGCAGUAUGGCUACGCUGAAGGCCGCACGGGGAAGUGGGUGGGUAUCCUGAUCGCUAUCAUUGCGGUGUACCGGCUGUUUGGAUGGAUUGCGCUGGUUUUGCGCAAGUCGUGA